GACGCAGACCCCAGUAAUGCCUAAUGGGUUUGCCAUACCUGAUAAACCCGCACCCUCAGAUUAGCAAAGCGGAGUUAUAAAAAUAUAACGUCUGCAUUUGCGGACUAUCUUGAGUCUUGAAGUUGUAGGCCUACUUGUGUUUUACUCAAAGUUUCGUCAUCAUUUAAAAUGUGACUGGAACUCACAUCUGUGAUCUGGAAUCCAUAACUGUUAAAACACAAAAGCAACAAGAGCCAUCGUAGUUGCGACGUCAUCUGUCAGAGAAAUGGCUCUGCAUAGGGAUCAAGAUAAUUAUGGCAGCAUUCGGCCAUAUUAUGAUGACCCUAACGUGGUGGCUGCUGUGGACAGCCGACAGUUUAGCCAGAGAUGUGACGAGGUUAGCACGCACAUCUUCACGAUCAGUAACAACGCGUCGGGGCUGGAGCGAGCUCUGAAGCAGGUCGGUACCAGCCAAGACAGCCUCAGGCUCCGACAAAAGAUCCAUGGAACCCAACAGACAACAAAUGCCAUCAUCACACAAUGUCACGAACUUCUUAAGAACCUUGCCAUGGUGGCUAGGCAGAGUGACAAGUCAAAGCGAUUGCAAGUCGAAAGGCUUAGGAAUGAGUUGAAGGACACGAUUAAGCGCUAUAGCCUUAUACAGAAGAAAACUGCCGAAAAGAUGAGAGAAACAAUGCCAACGAAGCGACCGUUACUAGCGCCCCCUGCCAGCGAAGAGCAGCUGAUUGGCUGGGGGGCAGAUGACGAGGAGGAGACUGCACGACUAGUGGAGGAUCAGCGGAGAAGGCAACAGUUACAGAUACAGAAAGAACACGUGGACUUUGAGAUCGCCUUAUAUGAGGAGAGGGACGAGAGAAUUCGACAGAUUGAGGCAGACAUCUUGGAUGUAAAUGAGAUAUUCCGCGAGCUUGCCUCUCUCGUACAUGAGCAGGGCGAAGUUGUGGAUACGAUCGAAGCAAACGUGGAAAAAGCGGCGACUGAGGUGGAAGAGGGCGCCACACAGUUGCAGCGGGCCAGCAAGUAUCAGAAGAGCUAUCGCAAGAAGCUGUGCUGCCUUGUUGUGAUCCUUAGCAUUGUCGGCGUCAUCAUCACCAUAAUAGUCGUGCUCAGUGUGAAAAAGUAACGGAUUGCUCAACGGAGUCAAGCUUCUCUACGCGAGUGUGACCACAUCAUGUAAUAUUUUUACGCCCGGUAAUUUCGAGUCGACUAUCUAAUUGAGGCAGCAGGUAGCUGAUGUAAUCGGUGCUGAUGCUGUGUGGUCAGUGUGCAGUGGUCAGUGUGCAGUGGUCAGUGUGCAGUGGUCAGUGUGCAGUGGUCAGAGUGCAGUGUGUAGUGGUCAGUGGUCAGAGUGCAGUGGUCAGAGGGAGGUACACCGAGUUCAUAUGGAUUGAUGGUCGUUUCUCGAAAACCGACGGACGCGUGAGAAUCACACAGACCAAUAUAAAUUGCCUAUAAACCGCAGUGAAUUAAUGCAGUCGUUUAAUGUAUCGGGGACGCCGCAUCUCUGCAUGAAUGAUUUCUGCCUCAGCUAUUUAUUCACUGACACUAUUAACGAAUGUCUGCAUUAUCAAUCUAGUGACAGGUGUCAUUAGUGAAAUGUCAGGCAAGAUCGUGAAGAUUGUUUAAUGAUAUUCGAGUUGUAAAUAUUCGUAUCGGGAAGAUUUGUGAUUGUAAACAACCGUUUUCACAUAUUCUCUGAAAAUGAUAAAUAUAAUAAUACAUUAUGUACCAAAUGUUGCUUUCAUGCUACAUUUCUGUACGAAACAAUCAGAUGAAUUAAGAUGAAUAAAGUGCUUGUCAAGUGUAUAAAAAUGUUUCGUUUUUAUUCCAGUAAAUAAAUUCUUUCACCAUUCGGAUUCCCUCAAGCAACUCAGAUAUUUCUCCUGAAACCAGAUUGCAUUUGCAGGACAUAAUAAAAUGUCAUGUCUGUGUCCAUAUUUCAACCCUCUUUUGGCAACCUCUGAGCUAGCCAUGUAUCACACAGUCGGUUAAGUAAAUUACUCGAGUUGCUCAGUUUAGCUCACAACAUGAGAUCCUUAUACUUAAGCCAUUGCUGUUAAUUCAUAAUAAAGUUUCCCAAGAUGUCGGAAACCCUUUUAAC